AUGUCUAUAGGGCUGGAGUUGAUAGGCAUCUCCCUGUGCAUUCUGGGAUGGAUUAUCGCCAUCGUGGCGUGCGCCCUCCCCAUGUGGAGGGUGACGGCCUUCAUCGGGAGCAACAUCGUGACGGCUCAGAUCAUCUGGGAGGGUCUGUGGAUGAGCUGCGUGGUCCAGAGCACGGGUCAGAUGCAGUGUAAGGUCUACGACUCCAUGCUGGCUCUGUCCCAGGACCUCCAAGCCGCUCGCGCCCUCACCGUCAUCUCCAUCCUGCUCGCCAUCCUCGCCGUGCUCGUCGCCAUCGCGGGGGCCAAGUGCACCAACUGUAUCGACGACGAGGCGUCCAAGGCCAAAGUCAUGAUCAUCUCCGGGGUCUUCUUCAUCAUCGCUGGAGUCAUGCAGCUCAUUCCCGUCUCCUGGUCCGCCAACACCAUCAUCAGGGACUUCUACAACCCUCUCCUCACCGACGCCCAGCGCCGGGAGCUGGGCGCCGCUCUCUACAUCGGCUGGGCGGCCGCCGCCCUGCUGGUGCUCGGAGGUGGACUGCUGUGCUGCUCCUGUCCCCCACGGGAGACCAGAUACAACCCUUCACGGAUGGCUUACUCCGCCCCGCGGUCCGCAGGGGGUCCCGGGUUAGAAAGGAAAGACUACGUUUGA